AUCACAAGCAGCCGCCAAAAAUUAAGGACAGCUCGACUCUCACGGCCCCUUAAACUCUAGCUCGCAACGAGGACAAAUCCGCACAACACCCAUCAAGACACUACAUCGUAUACCCAACUCCGCGUCACGACUUACGAACGAACGAACCUCCACUUUCCCUUCGACCCAAUGCAGCUCCGGUUAUCGACGCUCGUUCUGGCGGCCUCGCUCGUCGUCAAACAGGCCAGCGCACUGUACUUUUACAUCGACGGAACCUCGCCGAAAUGUUUCUUUGAGGACCUGCCGAAGGACACGCUCGUCGUUGGCCAGUACAAAGCCGAAGAAUGGAGCCAACAGACCAACACGUACAGCGACAACAACCAGCUAGCGCUGCUGAUCACGGUGGACGAGACGUUCGACAACGACCACCGGGUGGUGAACCAGAAGGGCUCGAACAAGGGCCGCUUCACGUUCACGGCCUCCUCCGCGGGCGAACACCGCAUCUGCUUCUGGGCUAGCCACCAGAGCAACUCUGGCUGGUUCUCGAGCCAUCCCAACGGUGUCCGUCUACACCUCGACCUGGCUAUCGGAGAGACUACCCAGCUCGAGAGCCGCGACAAGGAGAAGCUUGCGGAUAUCGAGCAGCGCGUCAAGGAUCUGAGCGGACGUCUACAGGAUAUCAGGAGGGAACAGGUGUUUCAGAGGGAACGCGAGGCCGAAUUCCGAGACCAGUCCGAGCUCACCAACUCCCGCGUGGUGCGGUGGACACUCGUGCAGCUCCUGGUGCUGGGCGCUACCUGCGCCUGGCAGCUGAGCCAUCUCCGCGCUUUCUUCAUCAAGCAGAAACUUACGUAAUCGCGUGGAUUCCUUUUUUCACGGGGCGUUCUUAAUUCCACAAUUCGGCGAGUUUUUUGUCUGUAUUUCGUUUUCCUGUGGAUGAUGAUGGAUAUAGGGUAGAUGGAUGGAUGGAUGGAGGGAGGGAGGGAUGGUUGGAUGGUGUGCUGGUGUCGUGGUUGCUCGAUCGCGUGCAUGCAUGGUCAAAGCCUUCUUUCUUGCUUUAUCGGUGGUUAAUAAAAGACGAUUGAUGAGGGGAGACGAUUGCUCUGUACACGGAUGGUCUUGUGUUGUCACGGCGGCAGUAAAAAGUGGUAAGGAACGAAGUUCUCUGAAAGAUAGAUAUGUGCGAAUCAUAUUGUGCUGCC